AUGACUUCAACUAAACCUGAUCAUAUAUCAGAUAAUGAAGAUCAUAUAAAUCAAGGUCAACAAAAUGGUGGUGGUUUAUCUACAACCAGUAACUCAGAGGAAGAUUUAAAAGAACUUAUACAAAAACUGAUUCAACCAAAUUCCGCAAAUCAAGAACAACACGAAUUUAAUUUACUAAGUAAAGAUUUGAAACUUAAUAGAUUAAAUAAUUUGAUUGAAAAAUCUCAAAUUUAUUCAAAAAUUAUAGCUGAUAAUAUUUUGCAGUCUUCAUUACAGCAAAAUAAUAAUAAUAAUGAUAGUAAUGAUAGUAACAAUAAUAAUAAUAAUUAUAUACCAAACGAUGAAAAAGAAAAUGUUGAACCUGAUGGUGGUGAUAAUAAAAGGAGAAAGACAACUAAGAAGAAAAAUAAGAAAGAUAAAAAAGAUAAAAAAGAUAAGCAAGCCAAAAAAGCCAAAAAAGAUAUUACAUCAAUGUUAUCUACCAAUAUUAGUUCGUCAACUAAAUCAAAAAGAGAUGAAAUUGAACAAGCUCAAACUACAACUCAUAGAUUACAACCUAUUUUAGUAACUGGAGGUACUCUAAAAAAUUAUCAAUUGGAAGGUUUGGAAUGGUUAGUUACUUUAUAUCAAAAUGGUCUUAAUGGUAUACUUGCUGAUGAAAUGGGUUUAGGUAAAACAUUACAAUGUAUUUCAUUCAUUGCAUUUUUAUUAGAAAAUCAAAUACAUGGUCCUUUUUUAAUUGUUGUUCCUUUAAGUACUUUAUCUAAUUGGUAUAAUGAAUUUAAAAGAUUUACUCCAAAGAUUAAAGUUUUAAAAUAUACAGGAAAUAAACAAGAAAGAGCUGAAAUAAAAUUAGAUAUAAGUACUUACGACGUUUUCAUAACGUCCUAUGAAUUAUCGAUUAAAGAUUUUAAAAAAUUAGAUACCAUUAAUUGGAAAUAUUUAAUUGUAGAUGAGGGUCAUAGAUUAAAAAAUAGCCAAUGUUUAUUAAUUAAAAUUUUAAAGAAAUUAGAUUGUGUUAAUAGAUUACUUCUAACAGGUACUCCAUUACAAAAUAAUCUAAAUGAAUUAUGGUCAUUAUUAAAUUUUAUCCUUCCUGAUAUUUUUCACGAUCUUGAAUUAUUUCAACAAUGGUUUAAUUUUGAUGAAUUAACAAACUUACAAAAUGAAAUAGAAACUGAUGAAGAAACUAAUAAAAUCAUUAAAUUUAAUAUUCAAGAAACAUUAAUUAAAAAUCUACAUACAAUUCUUAAACCAUUCAUAUUAAGAAGAUUGAAAAAAGAUGUAAUUAAAGACUUACCUCCAAAGAAAGAAUAUCUUAUAACUAUCCCAUUAACCAAAUUACAGAAAAAGAUAUAUCUCGAUGCAAUUAAUAAAAAUUUAAGAAAUGGAUUAAUUGAAUGUUAUUUAAAAGAAUUUAUUGAAUAUAAUCAUAAAUCAUUAUUCAAAAAUUUUGACAUUGACAACUAUUUAAAAAACAAGGACAAUUUAAAUAGUAAAAGAGUUGUUGAUUCAAAAUCAGAUAAAUCAUAUAAAGAAGUUGAAUCAGAUGACGAUGAUGAAUUUGAAAUAGAAAAAUAUAAACAUGAAUCAACAAUUCCAUCAUAUUCAAAAGCGUUGGAACAAUUAAAUACAAUUCCAAAAUCACAACAACCUCAAUUUUUAAUAAAAUCAAUACUUUCACAUAUUAUUUCACAUAUUAAUCAUUUACAUUUACAAGCUUUAAAAUUAGUUCAAUUGAGAAAUAUAUGCAAUUCACCUUAUUUAUAUUAUGAACCAUUCAUGCCUGAUAAAAAUUCAGAUUCACAACUUUUCAAAAUCCUAAUUGAAAAUUCAGCUAAAUUUAAAGUCCUCAAUCAAAUACUACCAAUAAUUACAAAAUCACAUAAAGUAUUAAUUUUUUCUCAAUUUACUCGUAUUUUGGACUUGUUAGAUGAUUGGUUAAAUUAUGAAGGAUUUAAUAUUUGUAGAUUGGAUGGAUCAACAGCACAAACAACAAGAGAAGAACAAAUUCAACUGUUCAACAAUGACAACAAGUAUAGGAUAUUUUUGUUAUCUACUAGAGCAGGAGGGUUAGGUAUAAAUUUAACAGGAGCUGAUACCGUUAUUUUAUUUGAUAGUGAUUGGAAUCCUCAAAUGGAUUUACAAGCAAUUGAUAGAGUACAUAGAAUAGGACAAGAUAAACCAGUUAAAAUAUUCAGAUUUAUAAUUCGAAAUUCAAUUGAGGAGUUAUUGAUAAGUAAAAGUUCAUCAAAAAGAUUUCUUGAGAAAUUAGUUAUUCAAAUGGGUGAAUUUAAAUUUAAUAAAUUGAAAAGUAUAAUUGGUAACACUGAAGAUAAUGCUGAUGAUUUGAAUGUUAAAGAGUUACUCGAGUUGUCUAAGUAUAAUUUUAAGAAUACAGAACAGGGAAAAGAGGAAGAUGAUGACCAGAUUUUAUUAGAUGAUGAUGAAAUUAAUGAAUUUCUUGAUAGAAGUGUUGAAAAUUAUAAAUCUAUUGAUGAUUCAAAGUUUAAAAAUUUGUCUAUUUUUGAAACUGUUAAUAAUAUGGAUAAAUAA